AUGGCAUUCCUCUUCAGCAAAGAUGCCGUCCUGGGCGCAGCGUUCAUCGGGUUCUCGAUCUCCACGCUAUGCUUGGGAGCGCUGAGCAUGCAGACAUACACCUAUUUCCGACGGUACCCUCAAGAUAGACCGUUCUACAAGGCAUUGGUUGCGUUCAUUUGGAUAUUGGAGUUCGUCGACCAAGCGGUCGUCGCUCACGCAGUCUACUUCUACCUAGUCACUAACUGGGGAGAGCCUCUCAGCCUUUUGGGCAGACCAGUAUGGUCCCUCCUGGUACAAGUAACAUUAGGAGCUGCUGCAGGCACCGUUGUGAAAGCGUGCUUCGCAAUGCGCGUAUGGAGAUUCAGUAACCGCAACAUCUGGGCCACUGGGCUUAUCCUCCUUCUGACAUUUGCGCAAAUGGCGACGGCUUGUGUGUUCACACGGAAGGGCUUCGAGAUGUCAAGCCUGGCAGAUGCUUCACAACUUAGAUUUGUCGCUACGUUGUCGCUUGGCAUUGGCGUAGCAACUGACAGUGUAACCGCGAUCGCCCUGUGCAUCUUCUUACGCAAAUUGCGCACGGGAUACACUAAAGACGAUUCUAUAGUCAACAGAUUGUCAUUAUUUGCUGUAAACACGGGUGCCCUCACGAGUGCUUUCAGUUUGGCGACCUUGGUCACGUACGAUACAAUGCCCUCAAACUUCGUCUACAUGGGCUGUUACUUUGUUGUCAGCAAACUGUAUGCAAACUCCUUCUUGGCAACGCUAAACACUCGCAAGGUAUUGCGGGGACGUGGAACGGAUGGCGAGCAUGUCACGAUGCCAACAUUCUUGAUGGUGGGAAAGAUCACAGAACAAGACCAGGAAGAUCAAGAUAUCACCACGCAGGGAUCCCGUAUCGAAGUAGGCGUUCAGCGGGAGAUAUCCCUCAGUCGAGACCCUAUCCCGAGUUACGCUGUAGCAUGGUAG